UCAACACGUGUAAACAUUAUUUUUUGAUUUUAUGAAGCUAGCGACACGAAGAUGGGGAUUUUGGUGUCAAUUUAUCUAUGAUACCAGUAUUUAUUCAAACUAAUAAGAUGUUGAUCCUUACAGUUGAAGAUAUAUUGUCAGAAUGUUAAUUUUAGUAGUUUAAAAGAUUCAAAGGAAAGAAUCAUGUUCGUGGCGGUCGAGAUGGUUGACACUGUCAGAAUCCCCCCAUGGAAUUUCCAGCGGCAGUUCAAUGAGGCCAUAGCCGAAGAACUCAACAAGAAAUUGGCCAAUAAGGUGGUUUACCAGGUUGGCCUCUGUAUCUGUCUGUAUGACAUCACAAAAUUGGAGGAUUCCUACAUAUUCCCAGGUGAUGGAGCUUCCCACACCAAAGUACACUUCAGGUAUGUUGUGUUCCACCCUUUCUUGGAUGAGAUUCUUGUUGGAAAGAUCAAGUACUGCAGUCAAGAAGGAGUACAUGUCAGCCUAGGAUUCUUUGAUGACAUCGUCAUUCCCCCAGAGUCCCUACAGCAGCCUGCAAAAUUCGAUGAAACGGAGCAGGUGUGGGUGUGGGAGUAUGAGACGGACGAAGGGGCCCAUGACCUCUACAUGGACCAAGGUGAGGAGAUCCGCUUCCGGGUCACAGAUGAAGUCUUCCUGGACACGUCGCCUACGGGCCCUUCUGCCGCAGUAACUGACACCCCUUCAGCCCCAGGAGCAGAGGACAGUGGCCAGAAGAAAGAGGCCCCUUACACACUGCUAGGUACCAUUAGCGAGCCAGGCUUGGGCCUCCUGUCCUGGUGGAACAGCUAGCGAAAGGGAGAGACCAUUACAGUAGAGAAAACAGGGGAGACAGCUGUCAAGUAUUCAUCCCAGCUGCUUGGACAUACACCUUCUUUUUGGACUCUUCUCAGAGUCCCUCCUCCCAGGUUGUGACUUUAACACUGGAGAAACAUGCCUCUGAAGUGUCCACGAGGCUCAUGGACACAGAACUGCGAGCUCAAGUGGAGGAGCCAGGAUUCCCAUAAUAGGAACUGCCCUAUCUGCCUUCAUAAUGGCAGACCCAAGGACAAGGGAUCAGUAGCAAGGAUUACUAAUAGAGCACACAGACUGGGGACAUGGAGAACUGUCUCCCUUGCAAAGGUGUAGAUCCACUUCCCUCUGUAUAUUGUAAAUACUACCACCAUAACUGUUAACGUACCAGCAUUUACACCCGGUGCACAUGACAGUAAGAAAGACUGAGUAAAAGGCCCCAAUUGGCCUCUUUAGUGUCACCAUGUAAGUCUGAGUGAGUGUGCCUAAAUAUACAAUUGUGUGUUGUCUUUGUGACCAGUAUAGUGUUUCAUCAGUGAUCAUUUUUGUUUGCAUGAUUUUGAGUUGGGUUAUUUAAGCAAUAAGGCCCAAAGGGAUGUGGUAAAUGGCCAACAUACCAUGGCUAAUGGAUGUUCUUAGGCACGAGUGCCUGGAUACAGCCCUUAGCCAUGGUAUAUUGGCCAUUUAUAAACUGGUUACCAAUGUAAUUAGA